AAGUGAUUUAUCAACUAUGAAGCCAAAUGAUGUUGUUUCAGAACUGCCGAAAACCCCGACAAAUAGUCCAAGCCCUGUCGAUAAUGCGCAGCAAGAACAACAAGCGGGCUUAGAUUUUGUACGCCAAGUCAUUACAGAGGAUUUGGCAGCGGGCCGUACACAAAAAGUUGUUACACGUUUUCCACCUGAGCCAAAUGGUUAUCUACAUAUUGGUCAUGUAAAGGCUAUCUGCUUAAAUUUUGGCAUCGCUCAAGAAUACGAUGGUUUGUGUAACUUGCGUUUUGAUGACACCAACCCAGAUGCUGAAGAACAAGAAUAUGUUGAUGGUAUUGCCAAUGACGUAAAAUGGUUAGGUUUUGAGUGGAAUGGCGAACCUCGCUAUGCAUCAAGCUAUUUUGACCAAUUACAUACUUGGGCAGUUCAGUUGAUCAAACAAGGCGAUGCUUAUGUAGAUCUACAAAGCCCAGAAGAAAUUAGAAUUAACCGUGGUAAUUUUGUCGAGCCAGGUAAAAACUCACCUUAUCGUGAUGCAUCUAUUGAAGAAAAUCUUGCUCGUUUUGAAAAAAUGAACAAUGGUGAAUUGGCUGAGGGUGAAGCAGUAUUACGUGCCAAAAUUGAUAUGACCUCACCAAAUGUACAUAUGCGUGAUCCAAUUCUAUAUCGUGUACUUCAUUCAGAACAUCACCAAACUGGUGAUAAAUGGAAAAUGUACCCAAUGUAUGACUAUGCUCAUCCAUUGUCAGAUGCGAUUGAAGGGAUUACCCAUUCAUUAUGUACCUUAGAGUUUCAAGACCAUCGCCCAUUUUAUGAUUGGGUGGUUGAGAAAGUACAUUCACAAUCAGUUCCACGUCAGUAUGAAUCUAGCCGUUUAAAUAUAGAUUAUACGAUUACCUCUAAACGUAAAUUACGUAAAUUGGUAGAAGGUAACUAUGUUCAUGGCUGGGAUGAUCCACGGAUGCCAACUGUGGUGGGCAUGCGUCGUCGUGGUUUUACCCCUGAAGGGCUACGUGAGUUCUGUAAGCGUGUAGGCGUAUCUAAAACAGAUGGUAUCGUUGAUGUGGCUAUGCUGGAGUUCUGUAUUCGUCAAUCUCUUGAAAAUACAGCAGCACGUGGUAUGGCUGUUUUAAAUCCAUUGAAAGUGACUUUGACCAACCUGCCAGCAGAUUUGGACUUAAGCCAUGCACGUCAUCCAAAUGUAGAUAUGGGCGAUCGUAUUAUUCCUUUGACCUCUGAAAUCUUUAUUGAUCGUAAAGACUUUGAAGAAGUUCCACCAAAAGGUUUUAAACGUUUAGUUCCUGAGGGUGAAGUACGUUUACGUCAUGCUUAUGUGAUCAAGUGUGAUGAAGUGAUUAAAGAUGCCAAUGGCGAAGUGAUCGAGUUGAAAUGUUCAAUUGAUCCUGAAACUUUAGGUAAAAACCCAGAAGGUCGUAAAGUGAAAGGUGUUGUUCAUUGGGUUUCUGCGUCGAAAGGGAUUCCUGCUGAGGUUCGUGUUUACGAUCGUUUAUUCACCGAAGCUGCACCAGAUGCAGAUGAUGAUUUCUUGGCAAAUUUAAAUCCAGAAUCUUUAACGGUACUUCAAGCGGUGAUCGAGCCUGCUUUGGCUCAAGCGCAAUCAGAAGAUCGUUUCCAGUUUGAGCGUGAGGGUUAUUUUGUUGCGGAUCAAUAUGAUCAUACAGCAGAUAAACCUGUGUUUAACCGUGUCUUAGAUUUGAAAGAUAGCUUUAAACCGGAAAAGCGAUAUAGUAAAUGCACAAAUAAUAAUCAGGACAAAUAUAUGUCUUCCCAAUUUGAUUUUGUUACGGUCCAUAUUAAACCUAAUAUUCAUUAUAAAGGGCGAUCAAUCAGUUAUCUUAUCGAAUGCAAAGAUGGUUCGAAGAAAACAUUGGGGGUAAUUUUACCCACAGAGAAACCUUUAACUUUUGAAACUCAUGUGACUGAGCGCAUUGAGAUUGUCUCUGGAAAAUGCUUGGUUCGGAUAGCAGAUCAAGAAGAAAUGGAAGUUUACAGUUCUGGAGAGUCUUUUACUGUUCCUGCAAAUAGCCGUUUUAGUCUGCAAUCCAGUGAAGUUGUAGAUUAUGUUUGUCAUCUGGAA